AUGCGCGCCUUCGUCACUGUGGGAUCGACGCAUUUCGACCCGCUCGUGCAAGCCUCUCUAUCCACUCCGGUCUUGGAGAGUUUGCGCUCUCGAGGUUAUACGGAACUCACUAUCCAAUGCGGUCAUUCUAAGAUUGUACAAGAACUGUUUUCUGCGCAAGAUGUAGCAACUUUAACCAACGCCGGCGUCAGCAUCGAAGUCUGGAGAUUCAAGCCUACGCUACGAGAAGACUAUGCACGGGCAGACUUAGUUAUCAGUCAUGCAGGCUCGGGAACUAUACUGGAUGUCCUGAGACUGGGGAAGGCAUUGAUUGUGGUACCUAACCCGACUCUCUUGGAUAACCAUCAGGAAGAGCUGGCCAACGCUCUAGCGGACCUCGGUCAUCUCUAUUCGUCGUCUAUUCCUGAUCUGCCUGGGGUGAUAGAACGGAUCGACACUCGUCACAUCGUGCCCUUCCCUCCGUUUGAUGGCAGUAGAUUCCGAAAGCUUCUGGACGAAGAGAUGGGAUAUGUCUGAUCAUGAUUGUGUACAAUGAGCGUUACAGUUUACUUGUACCCGCAGGCUUUUCCACUAUUGUGCACGCAAUAUUGAGAGAUAUUAUUUGAUCGGACAGAUUCGGACAAUCAUUCCUCG